UUUGUGAGUAAUUCCAUUGAGUGGGAGGGUCACACUGGCCAGUCUUGUAUAUAUCGCCGUAAAAAUCAUGCUUCCUUCAUCCAAGUCAACAGCACGGAUAUUUUUUGUUUCGUUGCUCUGUUUCAGUCACCAGUUACUCCUUGUGGAACAGAAGACAAGGCUCGCCUUCCCACUCCACUCCAGCCUGCUGAAGUAGAUGCCAGGAGGGAUUAGGAAGCUGAAAUCCCCCCUGAUGGGAGAUGAGAAGGUGAAUGCUACCUCUCACGGACAUUUGAUUGAUCAAAACUGAGAGGAGACAUCAUCUCUGACAUGAUGUUGCACUACUGAGCACAUCUGUGAGGCAGAAAAUCACACUGAAGCGAAGCAUGUCGUGCAGCCCUGUGAAGUCCUUUCUGAGGAGUCUGUCUCGGAGGAAGCCCCUGGAGCCCGAGGGGGAAGAGUCCACCUUUAACCGAUGCCUGACCACCCUGGACCUGGUGGCCCUCGGUGUGGGCAGCACCCUGGGAGCUGGAGUCUACGUCCUCUCUGGAGAGGUUGCCAGAGAAACCGCCGGACCCAGCAUCAUCAUUUCUUUCUUCAUCGCCGCCAUGGCCUCCAUAUUCGCCGGUCUGUGCUAUGCAGAGUUUGGGUCCCGGGUCCCAAAAACAGGCUCGGCAUACCUUUACAGCUACGUGACGAUCGGAGAGCUGCUGGCUUUUAUCACUGGCUGGAAUCUGCUACUCUCCUAUGUCAUAGGGACAUCCAGCGUUGCACUGGCAUGGAGUGGUACGUUUGAUGACCUCAUUGGAAAUGUUAUGUCAAAGUAUUUUCAAGAAAAUGCAUCCAUGGGUCUCCCUGGUCUGGCGCCGUACCCAGAUGUGUUUGCUGCUGUUCUCAUCCUGCUUCUGUCAGGUCUGCUGGCUUUUGGAGUAAAAGAGUCGACAACAAUCAACAAGAUCUUCACAGCGAUCAACAUCCUCGUGCUGCUGUUUGUCAUCAUCUCUGGAUUCAUCAAGGGAAACAUCUCCAACUGGCAAAUCAGCCCAGAGGAGCUCUUAAACGCCACGCUGGCUGGAAACCUGAGCUCCACUGGAAACGUAACAAACGAGUUCGGAGUGGGAGGAUUUUUCCCUUAUGGCUUCAGUGGAACCCUGGCGGGAGCUGCAACCUGCUUCUACGCUUUUGUUGGAUUUGACUGCAUCGCUACAACCGGUGAGGAGGUGAAGAACCCCCAGAAGUCUGUCCCUGUAGGUAUCGUGGUGUCACUUCUUAUCUGCUUCCUUGCCUACUUCGCCGUGUCGGCCGCCCUCACCCUGAUGAUGCCCUACUACAUGCUCAGUGAGAAAAGCCCCCUGCCAGUGGCCUUCGAAUAUGUCGGCUGGGCUCCCGCCAGAUACGCCGUGGCUGUGGGAUCUCUGUGCGCCCUUUCAACCAGCCUGCUGGGCUCCAUGUUUCCAAUGCCUCGUGUCCUGUUCGCCAUGGCCAGGGAUGGACUUCUUUUCCAACCCUUAACCAAAGUCACCGCCAAGGGAAGUCCUGCUAUAGCUACCGUAUCAUCUGGAAUUGUGGCAGCCAUCAUGGCUCUGCUGUUUGAUCUGGAAGCCUUGGUGGAAAUGAUGUCCAUUGGUACUCUGUUUGCCUACACACUGGUGGCCAUAUGCAUUUUAAUACUGAGGUAUCAGGAGGGCAUUUCAUCUGAUGAAAACACAGACCUUAAAGAACCAAACACCAAGUACAACUUCUUGAAGCCUCCAUCGACUGCCAGCUCUUCCACCUCACGAACAGUCACAAUUUUGACUAUGAUUUCUGUUGUAUGUGUGGUUGUCCUGUGCAUCAUCCUGACUCAAGCUUUAGAUGCUCUGUCUAAUGCGGAAGCCUGGAGCAUUGUGCUCAUCUGCAUAUUUGGAGUCAUCCUGCUGCUCAACGUCUUUUUUAUCUGGAGGCACCCACAAAAUUCCACCAAGGCGUCGUUUAUGGUGCCCUUACUUCCUGCUCUGCCCAUAGUGAGCACCUUCAUCAAUGUCUACCUGAUGGUGCAGUUAGGUGGACCCACGUGGGUUCGUUACGCCAUCUGGAUGUUAGUUGGGCUGCUUAUCUACUUUGGCUACGGUAUGCAUUUUAGUGUUCAGCGAAAGCAUUUCAAGGUCAACAAGACGACCGUCGAAACAGUCAGCGGCAAAACAAACAAAAUCAUCAGCGAAGAGAAGUUCUAAACUCAAAUGGAAUGAAGAAAUAAAAAGUGUAUAUGUUACACUGAGUAACUACUUCAAAGGUGCAACUGUGCUUUAGAUGCACCGGUGCUGAUGAGUGUUUAGUAUCUGAUAGCACAGACUAAAUGGACAGAUGGGCUAACUUACUCCACACUGACACUUUAUUACAUCCUAACAGUGUUUGCUGUGUAUUUAAAUAUUAUUAUUCUCAACACUGGAACAUUAAAAUGCUGCAUAUCAUUGGACCUUUAAGGUGUUCAAAAACAUGGAAUGAGAGUAUUUCCUAAAGCCAUUUGUGUAUAACUAAUUCAAAAAAGGGGAGCACAUAUUUAAACUUCACUUGUGCUUUUUAUUAAUCAAAUGGACCUGCAUAUCAUGCCAGUAUCAACGUCAGAACCACAGCAUCUCCUGGAGUCUCUAAAUCUGUUAUCAAGUUGCUCCUAUUUACAUGUUUAAAAAACGUGAAACAAAAAAAGGAUUUAUACUCGGUCGAUAAUUUGCAUUUUAUUACACUGAAAUAACUUUAUACUUUUAGCUACUUUUUGAAAAGUGUGAAAAUUGAUUUCAACUUUAUACAAUUUAGAUAAUGAUUCCAAAUAGUCCAAUUGAUUUUUUCUGACAUAUCAAUUUGUAGUAUUAGACUGAAGAAGUUGCACAAUUUAGAUGCAGAGAGCCUUUUGUGGAAUGUCAUAUUUUUGUGUUGUAAACCGCUUUAAAGUCGGCUGUAUUAAUUGUUACUCAUCUCCGUUUGUAAAUAUGGAAACUGUACAUGUUUGCUUGUGAUAUUACUGUAAAUGUGUAACCUAAUUAAAAAGAAAUUAUCAAGUUUUU